UCUGUCUAAAGAAAACAAAAAAAAUUCAGUUUCAAGAUUUGAAAUUUAGAACACAAACACUUUUCUUGAUUUUAUUUCUUUUUUCAACAAAAUGGUAUUAAAUUCUGUUCAAGAUUCUGGUCAGAGAUCUUUUUAAGCACUAUCCAGAUACAUUCAAGGAAACAAGUGUUCAGCUAGUUUAUCAUGAACAUGCACCCCGACAGAUAUGGGAGUGGAAACGGGCAGUUAAACGGAUCAAACUAUCUUAACGGUGGUGAUGAUAAACACACAGAUGACACUAGAGGCAUUGUUGAAGGCGAUCUACCUGCCUCUAACAUGCCAGAAAUGACGAAAGUAAACAAUUUACAGAACGCAUCUUCUCAGUCACUCUUUCAUAUUGUUCAUAAGAUUCUCGAUGACAGCAUUGAGAACCGUAAAGAGGAUGUACCAGAUAGAGUUGCCUGCGUAUUGAAGAAGCUCGUUCAAUUGAUUGAGCAACGGAGUUUGAAACAAGCGGAAGAGUUCAAGAAGCAAAACAAGUUGUGCAAGACUCGUGAAGACAAGUAUCAACUGAAAAUGAGAGUGUUCAAAACUCUCGUAACAGGGGCUAUGGACGAGAAUGAGGUCCUUAUGAAUCAGCUCCAGUGUAUAAAGACUGAGAAGACUAUGGUAGAGGAGAAGAAAAAGCUUGAAGAUGUAGAACUAGUUACGUUACGGAAAGAAAACAACGGCUUUAACUUAGAAAUUUCAAGAUUAGAGAAGGAGCUAGAAGCCACAAGAGAAACAUACGAAAAUCGUUGUCGACAGCUUGAAACACACACCAUUGAAACUAAAUCCGAGCUAGAGGAAAAGAUUAUAAAUCUUGAGGAUCUUCUCACUCAUUCAAGAAAGAAGGUGAAAGAACUCGAAAAGUUUACGGAAUCCAAGUUUUUACGAUGGAAAAAGAGAGAGCGCAGUUACAAGAAGUUUUUGGAUUUUCAGCAUGGAUCUUUAAAGGAAUUGAGGAUGGGUUCUGAGUCGAUUAAGCAAGAAGUUUUGAAGACACAACAAAUUUACUCAAAGGAAAUGAACCAAUUUGGAAUGAAGAUUCAGGGGCUUGUAGACGCUGCACAAAAUUACCACAUGGUUCUAAAAGAAAACCGGAAAUUAUACAACGAAGUCCAAGAUUUGAAAGGGAAUAUUAGAGUCUACUGUCGCAUAAGGCCAUUCCUCAAGGGUCAAAGUAAAAAACAAACCACUAUAGAGUAUAUUGGCGAUAAUGGCGAAUUGGUUGUAACAAAUCCCUCAAAGAUAGUCAAAGAAAGCCACCGCGUAUUCAAAUUCAACAAGGUCUUUAGUCCUACAGCAACACAAGAGGAAGUUUUUGUUGAUACUCAGCCGCUCAUUCGGUCAGUGCUAGAUGGAUAUAACGUGUGCAUAUUUGCAUACGGUCAAACAGGCUCCGGGAAAACAUAUACUAUGAGUGGGCCUAAUGUAUCAUCUCCAGUAGAUUGGGGGGUCAACUAUCGCGCCUUAAAUGACCUGUUUCAUCUCUCUCAAAUCAGGAGAAGCUCAUUCGAAUAUGAAAUCGGUGUGCAAAUGGUUGAGAUCUAUAAUGAGCAAGUUCGUGAUUUGUUAUCGUGUGAUACCGUUCAAAAAAGACUUGGGAUAUGGAGUUCUACCCAACCGAACGGGUUAGCCGUCCCUGACGCUAGCAUGCACCCGGUUACAUCAACUGCAGAUGUCCUCGAGUUAAUGAACGUUGGGUUAAUGAACCGGGCUGUAGGUGCCACCGCGUUGAACGAAAGGAGCAGCCGGUCCCACAGUGUCUUAACUGUUCAUGUUCGUGGAACGGAUCUCGAAACCAACGCGGGUUUACGUGGUAACUUGCAUUUGGUUGAUCUCGCUGGUAGUGAACGGGUGGACCGAUCUGAAGCAACCGGUGAGAGAUUAAAAGAAGCUCAACAUAUUAACAAAUCUUUAUCUGCUCUUGGAGACGUUAUUUUUGCACUCGCACAAAAAAGUCAACACGUACCCUACAGAAACAGUAAACUUACUCAAGUUUUGCAAAGCUCUUUAGGAGGUCAAGCAAAGACUCUUAUGUUUGUACAGCUAAAUCCUGAUGUGGAAUCAUUCUCUGAAACCAUAAGUACCCUGAAAUUUGCUGAACGCGUCUCUGGUGUCGAGUUAGGUGCGGCCCGUAGCAACAAAGAGGGGCGGGGCGUUCGAGAGCUCAUGGAACAGGUGACUAAUCUAAAAGAUGCACUGACCAAAAAAGACGAGGAGAUAGAAUGCUUACGGCUGAGACAGAGCGCAAGUACUGUGGAUUUACAGCCCAACAACAAUCCAUCAUGUGAGAAAAGCGUAAAUCUGGGCCCAAAAGCAGCUUCUGACAUCGAUACUUGUUCAGAGUUCAGUGAUAAUGAUGAGUUCAGACAGUCAAGAUUUGUUACAACAGUUGGCGUUAACGAUGAUAUCGAGCUUUUGGGAUUAGGUGAUGCAGAUUCCGAAGGGAGAUUAAGUGAUGUAUCUGACGGUGGUGUUUCAGUGGGAACAGAAACCGACGGUUCAAUGAGUAGUAUUGCUGAGCUAACUCGUUUCCCUGAAGGCGCAAAAGCGCGUGUUGAGCACCAACAGAAGCCCAUUGUACCUGCUAAACUUCCAAGACCACCACAAAAGACCGCAUCUUCUUCUCGUAAACCGGUGCAGGCCGCUCCGUCUGCACAAAGACACGGGUUAAUAGCAUCUUCUAGACCUUCAUUAACCACGGGGGUCCCACGUACUCCAUCAAGUUCUGUUACGAGAAAGUCGAUUUCUGGUGGUUCUUUACUUAAAUCCGGUGCACGAUGGUGAAAGUCAAACAUUAUUGCCUUGACUGUAUCUUGUUCAUGAACUUUAGUUCUUGAAAAAACCCUAGUGUUUGCGAGUUAAUCUAGAAAUAGAUCAAACCUGUGUAGAAUGUAAGUCUAAAUUGGGUCAACUGUCUUGACCACAUGUUAGGGAAUGAUUUUUGUUGCAUGUUCAUGAUUUGGUAA